UCUGGUUUUUUGCUGCAGCUUUUGACUUCGGCCUUGGGAUGGGUUGCGACGGAGGAACAAUCCCCAAAAGGCAUGAGCUGGUGAAGGGGCCGAAGAAGGUCGAGAAGGUUGACAAAGAUGCUGAGCUAGUGGCCCAGUGGAACUACUGCACCUUAAGUCAGGAGAUCCUGAGGCGCCCGAUAGUUGCCUGUGAACUUGGCAGACUGUAUAACAAAGACGCCGUCAUCGAGUUUCUGUUGGACAAAUCUGCUGAAAAGGCUCUAGGGAAGGCAGCAUCACACAUUAGAAGCAUCAAGAAUGUUACAGAGCUAAGGCUUUCUGACAACCCCGCCUGGGAAGGAGAUAAAGGAAACACCAAGGGCGACAAGCAUGAUGACCUCCAGCGAGCAAGGUUCAUCUGCCCUGUGGUGGGCUUGGAGAUGAACGGCCGGCACAGGUUCUGCUUCCUUCGAUGCUGCGGUUGUGUGUUUUCUGAACGCGCCUUGAAAGAGAUAAAAGCCGAAGUAUGCCACACGUGUGGGGCUGCCUUCCAGGAGGAUGACAUCAUCGUGCUCAAUGGCACCAAGGAGGAUGUGGAACUUCUGAAGAGGAGGAUGGAGGAGAGACGGCUGCGGGCCAAACAGGAGAAGAAAACAAAGAAGCCCAAGACAGCUGAGUGUGUUUCAAAGCCUGGUAUCACAGACGACUCCGCAGGGCCAUCAAAAGUGAAGGCCAGCAAGCCUGAGGAGGCGGACCCUGAUCCUAGAGAGAAGAAAAGCGCCUUGGUUCCCAGGGGCACAGCAGCUACUGGGAGCACUUCUGGGAAAGCUGGCAAGCCUCCCUGUGGAGCCCUGAAGAGGUCCAUCGCGGACAGUGAAGAAUCUGAAACCUACAAGUCCAUCUUCACAAGCCACAGCUCUGCCAAGCGCUCCAAGGAGGAGUCUGCCCACUGGGUCACCCACACGUCCUACUGCUUCUAAAGCAGGGCUGCGGCCCCUCCCCAAGGGCUUCUCCCCUGUGGCCUUCUGUGCCACACUCACCUGGUGUGGCUCCAUGCUAUAAAGUUGUCCUCUGCAACUUUGACCUGCGUUGUCACUUGCCGUGAAGUGUGUGGGUGCUAGGGAGGGUAAGGUGGCUUGCAGCAUACCUAGCAACCUCUCUACAGGGUGUACCUCUUGCUUAGGCCAGUGACUCUGCUGCUUUCAUUAGGGAAUAAAAAAGACUCCAGGUUUCUCACAGUCAGCUCAUUUUCUAAAACUGCAGUGACACUGAGCUCAGGGACAGACUUCCAGCAGGACCCUGAGCUCAGGGUCAGACUUCCAGCAGGACCCCGGGCUCAGGGACAGAC